CUGGCCCCGCCCCCUUGGUCGAGCCCCGCCCCCCGCAGGCCGACCAGGGAUGUGAGCCGGUGGAGCCGCUUGGUAUGUGGAGAUCAUAGUAAAAAUACAGAGAGAAGUAUCUCUGGGUUUUGGAGGGGUUCUUGAGCCAAGCCUAACAUUGCAAAAAAGCUUUCUUUCCAGACUCUGGAUGACCAUAGCAAAACAAUGUCUGGACUACGUGGAGCUGUUCAUGCAAAAUGGAUAGUAGGAAAAGUAAUAGGAACCAAAAUGCAUAAAACUGCUAAAGUGAGAGUGACAAGGCUUGUUCUGGAUCCUUAUUUAUUAAAGUUCUUUAACAAGCGAAAAACUUAUUUCGCUCAUGAUCCAUUGCAGCAGUGUGCAGUCGGAGACAUUGUUCUUCUAAAAGCUUUGCCUGAGCGGAGGACCAAAAAUGUGAAACAUGAACUGGCUGAGAUUGUUUUCAAGGUUGGAAAUGUCAUAGACCCAGUGACUGGAAAGGCCUGUGCAGGAACUAGGUUCCUGGAAAGUCUAACAGAUUCAGAAAGUCUAACUGAGGCAGAUACCACCUAUCUAAGUGAAAAACUUCAAGAGCUAAAUGUUUCCUCAACAGAGAAAUGAAGGGUGGGAAGAGACCAGUAAACUAAGGGCUUUAACUUUCAUCUUUACAUGAGGGAUUGGUUGUGGCCCACUGUCUCUCUGUAAAAUCUUUCUAUGAAUUUCUUAGAAACAAUAAACUGUAUUACUUCCACCAUUGAAA